AUGUCAACUUAUGCAAUAGGUAUCUGCAGAGGCAGCACUGUUGGAGUGUGUUAUGGAAGAAAUGCUGAUGAUCUACCUACCCCUGAUAAAGUUGUACAACUUAUCCAACUUCACAACAUUAAAAAUGUGCGAAUAUAUGAUUCCAACAUUCAGGUUCUCAAAGCAUUUGCAAAUACUGGAAUCGAGCUCAUGAUUGGGAUCUCCAACUUAGACUUGUUACCAUUUGCUCAAUUUCAAUCAAAUGCCGAUACAUGGUUGAAAAAUAGCAUUCUCCCUUACUAUCCAGCCACCAAAAUCACAUAUAUUACUGUUGGUGCUGAAGUUACUGAAGCCUCCAGCAAUGUCUCAGCAUUGGUAGUUCCUGCUAUGCGAAACAUUUUCACAGCUCUAAGAAAAGCCGGCCUUCAUAGGAAGAUCAAAAUCUCGAGUACCCAUUCUUUGGGUAUUUUGUCCCGAUCAUUCCCACCCUCUGCAGGGGCUUUUAACAGUAGCCAUGCUUUCUUUCUAAAACCCAUGUUAGAUUUUCUUGUCGAGAAUCAGUCACCUUUUAUGGUAGACAUAUACCCUUAUUAUGCCUAUGGAGAUUCCUCCAGCAAUGUGUCCCUAGACUAUGCUCUAUUUGAGUCAUCUUCUGAAGUUAUUGAUCCAAACACUGGUUUGCUUUAUACAAAUAUGUUUGAUGCGCAAAUUGAUGCAAUUUAUUUUGCCUUAAUGGCUUUGAAUUUUCGAACAAUUAAAAUUAUGGUAACUGAGACAGGAUGGCCUUCUAAAGGAUCCCCCAAGGAGACUGCUGCUAGUCCAGAUAAUGCACAAACUUACAACACUAAUUUGGUCCGUCAUGUCAUAAAUGAUACUGGUACUCCUACUAAGCCAGGGGAGGAAAUAGAUGUUUACAUCUUUUCAUUGUUCAAUGAGAACAGGAAACCUGGUUUAGAAUCUGAGAGGAACUGGGGCUUGUUUUUUCCUGACCAGACAAGUGUUUAUAACCUUGACUUCACAGGAAGAGGUUCUUUGGACACAACUACAAAUUCUAACAUCACCAGUUCAAAUGGAACAUGGUGCAUUGCCUCAUCUACUGCUUCUGAAGAUGAUCUUAGAAAGGGCCUCGAUUGGGCUUGUGGUUCUGGAAAUGUGGACUGCUCGGCUAUUCAGCCGAGCCAGCCUUGCUUCGAGCCCGAUAGCCUGGCAUCUCAUUCAUCCUUUGCAUUCAACAGUUACUACCAGCAGAAUGGAGCUACUGAUAUAGCUUGCAGUUUUGGAGGAGCAGGGGUCAGAACAAACAAGAAUCCAAGCUAUGACAACUGUUUAUAUAUGACACUUGGGCUGUCUGCUGAUGGCUUUCCUUCCAUUUCUCUAAAUCCCCAACCACUUUCGCCUUGGACAGAUUUGGCUUUUGGAAGUAAAUUAUUUCUUGCAGAUAGGAGCAGAGUCCCUCUUGACCAACAAGAAAGGAACCUUCGACUGGGAAAGUGUGCUUUAAAGUUGCAUGUUGAGAUUGUAUAG